AUGGUGGAGAUGCUCUCUGCUCGUCCUCCUACACCCCCAAGGACAGCCUCACGCAUCGUGAUUGAAAACACCGAGUCACCACUAGCCGUUCAAACGCCCAAGGAGCCACCAUUUUCUGCGCUGGGAUCGGUGGGGGUGGGCCCAUCCAACCGCAGUUCGAAGAAAGUGAAUUUCUCGCCAUGGCCCAAGUACAUCAAACCACCAACUUUUGCUAGUGCCAUGAAAUCAGCCCCCGACUUCAAGACUAUCCCUCCACACACAGAUUCAAAGCCUACUAAGUCGAUCCUAAAAGCAACUCAGUCACCAAUUCCUGUUUGGUCCCCCAAUGUCGAUACAUUCACCUCCGAAUCGCUUGCCAUGCUGCUCGAAUCAGUCAUCCAACAACUAGCAGGCGAGUCGAUGAGCUCCCGACUCGAUGCCUACAUGCAAUUCUUUGGUGCGCUACGCACGUACGAUGGGCUUCCAGCGGGUCAGAAGAUUGCCGAAAAACUAAAUCUCAUCACCGAGUUUAUUCAGCGAGAUGUGAAUCAUGACCUUACGAACGGCGGCCCGCUCGAAACGAACCUCGCCAAUCAGGCCUUGAAAUUGUCAGCUGCGUUUGUUUGGCACCCGGAGAUUUCGACACAACUUUCGGAGGAAUUCAAAGUUUUUCUGGUCGACCACUCCAUCACUUGUCUCCAUGAGGCCAAGGCCCCGAAGUCAGUUUUGACGCACUACAUGUCCAUAUUGUCUACACAAAACUUCGGCCCUAAGAUUAUGAACGGUGCUCGUGUAGCGCGUCUUUUGACGGUACUACAAGAAAUAACCAAAAAUAUCAGUGGCAACGCAAUUGUUUCCCAUCGAUUGAACAUUUACCAACGCCUGCUGGGCCAAGCCAAGUCCGCUUUCAUCUCCCAAGCAAACCUAUGGAUAGAACACUUGAUAUUCGGGUUGCUUCAUCACUUGAAGGAUACCAGGUCAAAAGCGAUUGCACUUGGCUUCCAGGUGGCUAUGGAAGCCGGUCCAAAUCCUAUACUAUCGAAAAACAUCCGGGAUCUAUUCGACCGGCCAUUAGAGCAUGACCGGAAGCUUGUAACAGAGGUUCGUGAGCGCAUGACUCGAAUGAUGGCGACGGUGGAUAGCGGUGAGCAUGUUCCGCAGAUUUGGAGCAUCAUCAUUCUUCUUCUCCGGAGUAAAAGAUGGAAUCUGGAGCAAUGGGAUCAUUUCAAGGAAUGGGUUCUCGUACUCCAAAAGUGCUUCAAUUGCAGCGAGCCAGUGAUCAAAGCGCAGGCCAUCCUUGGUUGGAAUCGAUUUGUGUUUGCUGUCAGCCCCAACGAAUCGACAAGUAGAUCUCUCCUCAAAAUGCUGGGCAAACCGGUACUCUCUCAAUUUGACCGCAAAAAGACCGACAAGUCAGGAGCACCUCCCACUCAACUUGCUCUGACCAGCUACUACAAUCUGCUGUAUUACACUUUCCGUCCUUCCGCCUCUUAUCAGCAUUUGGAUAUUAUAUGGGAGGAAUACGUGGUCACUCCGUCUUCAGGCAUCUUUUCAUCAGUUCCGGUUCUCAGCGACUGUCUUUCCCGCAUAUUAACAAACCUGUUGUGGAGCACGCAGGCUAAGAUAUGGAUAGAGAACCGAAUCAACGACACUACCAAAAUGGAAGUAGAGGAACUCCCUGCAGCCGACAGCAGAUGGGUUCGAUCAAGAAUCACCUCAAUUCUGAAGGUUUUCGAGCAUAUGUUCAAGUCUUCAGUUUGGGUCGAUGACGCAGUUGGCCAAUCUCAUGUGGCAUUGGCCUGGAACAGUCUUUCCAGUGCCCUGUCUUUUGCAUCUAGCAAAGAAAUCACCCCUUCAGGGGAAUCGAUACAAGCCGUUGCUAGCGUUUGGGGCUUACUGCACCGUCUUUGGACUGCAGGGCCACCCUCUUUGAAUACCGAUACUACAGAUGUCUUCUUCAAAAGAUUCAGAUUCUUGUCCACAACCAUGAUUGUUUCUAUUGGGAGCAUUCCGUUUACUGAAAAGCUUCUCUUGAGAAAUACGGAUGAAACCGAUAACAUUCCCACACAUUCACACCCAAAUACGACCCAAGAGAGUGCCAUUCUUCAUCUCCUUCGAAUAAUAAGCAGCACUACAGGGACAAUAACGCCGAGUCAAUCUUACGCACAACUUGUAUUGGGUAACAUCGAAGCAGCAUGUAACGGCAGAUUCUCCCGUGGAUCUCGUCUUGAACUUCUCCAACAGUGUGCAGAAUUGAGCACUACGAAAACCAGUGCUAUUCCCCGUGCAGCUCAGCUGUCGGAGGUUGUUUGGAAUGCCACUACCCAGGCGGCCGCAAACGCUUUACAGUCGUUCCCUAUGGAAUCCGCUCGUGGGCGCGAUGGCUCUGUAUCUCGUGACUACGAGAAUGUCAUCAAGAUUCUCUCGUUCGGCCUUUCGUUUCCGUUAGCCUUUCAACAGUGGUCUCAUUUGCUUGAAACGUUUGUUCGCGUGGUUAGAACAGAGAAAGGGAACCAAGCGGUUGCCACGAUGAUUGUGGAACCCAUAGCCGAACGCCUCAUGCAUCUUUCUGCUAGAGAUACCUACCUACCCUCAACCUCACUGCUUGGCCAUUCCUUGUCUAUCCCUUUCAUGCAAGGAACCGGUCUAGGGAUUGAUCGCAGCGGUAUACAGGCAACUGGUCAUUCUAUCUUUCCUCAUAAACUUCUCGGGUCAAUUGCCCAAACAUUACAUGGUGCAUACGAAAAUUUUAGCGCAUCAAAAUCCCACGGUCUUGCCGAGUUCAUCGAGGCAUUGACUUCUUUUCUGGGAACUGGUGUUCCGCAGUUCCAGUGCCAAAUUCUUCAAUGUCUCCAGUCAUCACUUGGUCUUUGGUUGAAGGAUGAAUCUUACAAAAUCCAUGUUGACUGCGGCGUUGACAGCAGAAUUCUAACAGCUUGCCGUGCGCUCUCGUCAGCUACUAUCAAUAUUCUGCAAAAUUCGGUUUCCCAUGAUCUACCUUCUUUGAAAAACUUCGAGCCUAUUCUUUGCGCUGGUUUGGAGUCUUCGCACAUGUCAACAUCCAAGAGAUACCUCGAACUUUGGGGCUUGACCUUUGGUUCACAGUCUUUUGUCACCCCAGGCACCAUUUUGCAAGCUGUACAAACUGCCGGAUCCAGGGUUCAGACCGCAACCUUGCCUCCACAAGGCGGUGACCAAGAUACCGAGAUGCUACCUCCGCCUCCUCUACAAGACAAAAUGGAUCAGACAUUCCAUCAGCCGUCUCAGGAUACUCAGCUUUCGUCCCCCGUCAUAAGGACCGAAGACUCCUCGUCGGUCCUCAAGCCAACUGAACAGUUCCAUGAACUCAAGUUGCCGAGUAACUUUCAACAGCCCACGGAUGUGCAAAUUGUUGACGGCAUUUCAGUGUCUCACAAGCGUAAAAGCCAUCGUGAAAUGUUUUCGAUGAUUGAAUCGAUUCAAUCCUCGUCACCAGCCAGCACUCCACGAAAAUUAGGAUUCGAUACUCCUCCCCACCUACGCAAACUACAUGGGGAAUCACUAAUCGAACUCCCUCUAACACCUACUCUUGUCCCUACUGAGAAUGAAGAGGGAUUCAUUGGCUCGUCCCCGACACCUGGGACCAGAGACCCAACACCCGCGAUGAACUCUGACGCACUGAUAUCGAGCCACAUGCCUGUAGAUUUGGGUAUAGACCCUCCAUCAUCUCCUCCCGAAAUACAAUCUCGGAGUCCAAGCCCUCGGAAGGGUCGCUCCAAAAGCGCGCGGCGAAGGGCCGCAAAAGCAAGAAAGGCUCUUAUUGGUACAUCCGGCAAACAGUCAACAGUCAACAGCCCAGCUACUUCCCGUCUUGCGACGGAGAACAUGGACACAGAUAUAGGUGAUUCCCAUGGCUAUGGUAGUGAAAACGCCGACGCUACACCUCGAGCAAACGGAGAAACUGCCAGCAGGCGACUUCGAUCUGCCCUAGGUAAAGACUCAGAUACAGCAGGUCCUUCCCCCGUUUCAGUGGUGGACUCUGAUAAGACACCUAUGCAACAACCUAGUCGCAGAAGUAAAUCAGGCUCAAGCUCCAAGACGAAACGGAAGCAAACUCAGUCUACGGAUGAUCAACCCCAGCAAGCCACCGACAUGCCUCAUGAAAUGCUUCCGGAUAGUUUCAUGGACUCAAGUGAGGAGACAGAGACCCAAAUCGCAUCACAGCUUGGAGUGGACUUGGAACUGGCAGUCGAUAUGGACGAUAGAGAUCAUCUGGAGCGAGAAAGUCUUCCCGAUGGGCCGUCUAUAAGGAAGAGAAAGCGGGAUCAAGAGGAAUCUUCAUCUGUGAGAGCUGACAGGCGCCGGUCGACGCGGCUGUCCACGGCUAAAGAAGUGGUCAAUGUUGAUUCAUUGCAGCCUGAUUUUUCACAAUCGGACCGCGCCAUUUCUCGGCCAGCCUCUCCGGCUAAAUCAUUGUCGCCAACUGCGACUCGCCGAUCCACCCGCUAUUCACAACGAAAAGAUAGUGAUAACGCUCUUGUGAUUUCAGUCCCUACAACCCAAGACUCUGUUGCACAAGAAUCAACGCAAGAUGCUGAGACUCUGCGGCCAUCCAAAAGGUCUCGCAGAUCUAUUCGUCUUGAGGACCAGUCUGCUGCCGAUGGCACUACCCAAAAUGUCCCUCGAGAUACCCGCUCCCGAAAAACACGGUCUCAGCAACAUGCAUUUGACUCAUCUCAACCUCAACUUUCAAGCAUUGCAUCCAAGGAACAUAGCGAUAGUGACCAAUUGCUACCUCAUGUCGACCUGGACAUAGUCCCCGAGAGCCUCAUUACAGAAGACGAAGCUGGGCAGAGCAACUCUCUUGUUUCUACCGAAGAAGCAACUGCUACUCAAGUCUCUGAAAUGGAGCAGGCUAUUGAGUCUGCGGUAAAAUCAGACAUCGAUGUGGAAAAUACGGAUGCAGCACAACAACCUGGUGAAAUAGUCGAGCAAUCUACGAGUAUUGCCACCACGGGUACCCAAACCCAAGAAACACCCCCCGAACCUAAAUCCGACAUCAGCGAACGAGGCGUCACCCAAUCCCUGGAGAAUCUCCUAGGUGAAAUGAAAAUGACGGCCUUGUCCUCGAGUGCUUUCCGCGAGGUCGAUGAUCUUCUUUUCAAACUUCGUUGCGAAGCACAAAAUGCAUCAGCGCGACACAAUACUUGA